UCUGAACCCGGUUGGUUGUCUCAUCGCAACCUUAAACUAUAACCAAUUUGCUUGACAAGUUAUUCAUAAAAUUCCUUUUUUUUCUCAACCAAAAUCAACAAUAACAAAAUGCGUCGCGUAGACGCGUUUGUUGUGAUGGCUUUAAUGGCUCUCGGGCUCCUCCAAACGCCGCAACUUGUCAAGGGCGAAGGCCAAUACACCAUCGUUGGACCAGGAACUAUACACUCACAUCGCGACUACAAUGUGGCUGUAGCUGUGCAUCACACCAAGGAGCCGGUCACACUGAAAAUUGGCAUUACUGGACCCUCGCACAAUGAGACCCAAACUGUGGAGCUUCCGAAGGCCGAUGAGCUCAAGCAGAUCACCUUCAAGUUGCCCCCUCUGGAGUCGGGUGCAUAUAACCUCACCGCUGAGGGAGUGUCUGGAUUGGAAUUCAAGAACACCACAGCGCUUACCUGGUCUGAAUUCAAGCCAUAUGUGAAGCUACAAACCGACAAGGGCAAGUAUAAGCCUGGCGAUACAGUUAACUAUCGUGUGCUCUUCUUGGAUGAGAACUUAAGACCCGAUAAGCCCGAUGAUGAUGUCGUUGUCUGGUUCGAGGAUUCCAAAAGGAAUCGCAUUAAGGAAGUCAAGCACAUCCAGACCCGCACUGGAGUCUAUACUGGAAAAUUUGUUCUCUCGGACUUUGCCACCUUGGGCACAUGGACCCUAAUGGUGCAGAAUGGUGGAGCCUAUUCCGAUGAGCGUGCCUACUUCGAAGUGGAGAAGUAUGUGCUGCCCAAGUACUCCAUUAAAAUGGAUGCUACUCAGCAGGUGUCGGUCAAGGAUGGAGAUAUGCAGGUUGUGGUGAGAGCCAAUUACACCUACGGCAAACCGGUCAAUGGCAAAGUAGUGCUCAACCUGCAUACGUCUGAGACGAGCACCUGGGAAAACGUGAAUGGGGAGUCAGUGCGCACGGAUAUUCCAGGACAUGCCAUCAUCCGCACCGCUGACAUGGUCAACGGCAAGGCGAAGUUUGAUUUGAAUGUCAAGGAGUUCGAAAGCUAUUUGCCAUAUAACACAUCUGCCACGUAUGCUCAGAUUUUGGCCACCGUUGAGGAAGCUUUUACGGGCGUUCAGAUUAAUGAAACUGGCGGUACACAGAUUUAUCCUUAUCGCUAUGAGAUUACCUGCACGGACUACAGCAGCUGUUAUUCGUUUGUCGCAGACAAGGAGCAUGAGAUCAUCUUCAAGAUCACACUAGUCGAUGGCACGAUUCUGAAGGACACCAAGAGUGUCGUUAAGGUCAAGUUCACAGAGGGUGUACGUCAUUCCAUAUAUGGCGAUGAAUCAGAAUUGCCAAAAAUCAAGCAGGAACCUCUUGUUUUCGAGGGUCAUCUGAAUGAAUCUAGCUUGGCUGUAUUCAAAGUAGUUCUCCCCGAUUUACCGGACAUUGAAAAUAUAACGCGUUACUACAAAAUUGAAGUUGAAUAUGAUGGUGAGAAUCGGGAUCUCUAUACAACUUAUCCCUACAGGGAACCCAAGAAAAUUGAGAAUCCUGAAGAGGAAGAAAAGGAAAAGGAAUGGUUUAAGGCCGACGUACAGCGACCCAAGGAUAAAUGGACUCUCAAAAUUGGAGAGGAAUAUCAGGUGACCAUAAACUCCAGCCGCCCUCUAAACUACUUUGUCUACAACAUCAUUGGACGCGGCAAUGUGUUGCACACGGAGCGUGUGGUGUUGGACGAACCAAAGAAGGUCUACAAUAUCACCUUGAAGCCAUCGUUCUUAACAAGUCCCUUUGGUCGCAUCUAUGCCUAUUAUGUGGAUGAAACUGGCGAAUUCCGUUAUGCCGAGGACACUUUCCAUGUGGACGUUGAACUGCCAAACCAGAUUAAUAUUACAGCUCCCGAGGAGGUGAAACCCGGCGCAGAGGUUGAGCUGGAGAUUAAGACCGCUCCCAAGUCCUUUGUGGGUCUGAUGGCUGUGGAUAAGAGCGUGUUGUUACUGGGUAACGGCAAUGAUCUGAACAAGGAUUCGUUCGGCUGGCGUCUGGGUCGCUAUGACACGAGCACACCCUGGCAGGGUGGUUACUCCUACUAUCCCGGAGAACGCAGUGGUGUUGUGACCAUGACGAAUGCCAAUUUCUUCUACAAUCGCACAGCGCCUUUAUAUUAUGCACAGUCCUUUGCAGGUGGUGGCAUACAGAGGAAGGGAGCAGUAGGAGUCCUACACAGUGAAGUACUCAGCACUGCGGCCCCUGCCUUUGCGUCGGCUGGAGUCGCUAUGGAUCAGGCAGCAGGUGGUGGUUCUGCAGGAGCUCCCGCCGUACGCAAGAACUUUGUGGAGACGUGGCUCUUUGAGGACAUUGAGGAGACCAAGACGGAGGUUUUCAAAUGGGUUCGCACCAUACCAGAUACCAUCACCAGCUGGGUGCUCACUGCCUUCUCACUGCAUCCCGAGAAGGGAUUGGGCGUCACCGGUGAUCAGCUGAAUAUCAAGACUUUCCUGCCCUUCUUUGUGUCCAUUCGUCUGCCCUACUCCGUGAAACGUGGCGAGGUCAUCAGUGUGCCUGCUCUGGUCUUCAACUAUCUGCCCAAGCAACUGGAUGUGGAGGUUACACUCAACAACGAGGACAAUGAGUACGAGUUUGUGGAUGUGUCCAACGAGGUGAUUGGCGAACAGAAGCGCACCCAGAUGGUGCGUGUUGGAGCCAAUUCGGCAGCUGGUGCCUCCUUCCUGCUGCGUCCCAAGAUCAUUGGCAACAUCCUCCUCAAGUUUACGGCCAUUUCGCCCGUUGCCGGAGAUGCGGUGCACAAGACGCUCAAGGUGGUGCCCGAGGGUGUGACGGAAUACAGGAAUCGUGCAUUCUUUGUCAAUCUCAAGGAUAAGGCCGAGCACAAGGAUAGCUUUGAGCUGGAACUGCCCGAGGAUAUUGUGCCGGACUCACAGCACGUAGAAUUCGGUUUGGUUGGCGAUCUCCUUGGUCCGGUUAUUAAGAAUCUGGAACGAUUGCUGCACCUGCCCAGCGGCUGUGGAGAACAGACCAUGUCCGCACUGGUGCCCAACUAUCUGGUUUAUGACUAUCUGAAGAGCAUCAAGAAGCUCACACCAGAGCUGGACACGCGCAUCAAGCGCAAUCUGGAGCGGGGAUAUCAACACAUGUUCCAGUAUCGUCACGACGAUGGCAGCUACAGUUCCUUUGGACCCGGAAAAUGGCGUGCGGAGGAUCCCGACCGCAAUGGCUCCACCUGGCUGACAGCCUAUGUCCUACGCUCCUUUAGCCAGAUCAAGAAUAUCAUCAAGUUGGAUGAGAAGACUCUGGAGAAGGGCUAUAAGUUCUUGCUCAGCCGACAGGCGGAAAACGGCAGCUUCACAGAGGCGGGAGAAUAUUUCUAUGGCUCAACACGUUCCGGACUUACGCUGACGGCAAAUGCAUUGCUCGCAUUGUUGGAGCAGGAGAAGCCCAACCAGGAGGCUGUGGACAAGGCUGUUGCCUACUUGAGUGCCAAUUCCAAUGCCAAGGAAGCGGAGGAGCUCUUGCCCAGAGCCAUUGCCACCUAUGCCUUGCAGAAGGCCAAGUCUGCAGAUGCGUCCAAGCACAUUGCUUCAAUUAAGGCACUGGCCAAACACGAAGAUGAUCGCACUUGGUGGACGGACGAUGUGGAGAAGUCGCACGCUGGCAGAUGUGGUCGCUGGUGGUGCUGGAUCCGGAGUCAUGACAUCGAAAUCACCUCCUAUGCUUUGCUAACACUGCUGGAGGAGGAAUCCCCUGAAUCGCAACUCAACUCAAUUCGCUGGCUUGUGGCUCAGCGUAAUAGCUUUGGAGGAUUUGGCUCCAGCCAGGAUACGGUAGCUGGUCUGCAGGCUCUCAUUCUGUUCGCCAAGAAGUCAGGCUAUGAAGCCGCCAAGUGGGACUUGACCGUAUCCAAUCAUGGACAGCGUGAGAAAACCGAAAAGCUGACCGUCAACGAUGACAACGAUUUGGUGCUCCAAACCGUGGAGUUCCCCCAAGGCACCAACUCGCUGACGUACGAGGCCAAGGGCACAGGAGCAGCCUUGGUGCAGAUCAGCUAUCAAUACAAUAUUGUUGAGAAGGAUCCAAAGCCCAGCUUCAAGGUUCAAACAAUCAUCAAGCCCGAAUCUCCACCUUCAAAGCUCGAGUUGACCGUCUGUGUGGAGUAUGUGGAAGAAGGCAAAGCUAAAGCAUCCAAUAUGGCCAUUUUGGAGGUCUCUCUGCCCUCCGGAUACACUGCUGAUGAGGAUAGCUUCAAGGACAUUCAGGAUAUAGAGCGCGUCAGGCUCGUGGAGACCAAAAACGAUGACACUGUCGUCGUCAUCUACUUUGAGAGUCUGCCCAAGGGUGAAAAGAAGUGUCUACCCAUCGAGGCAUUCAAAACCCAUGCGGUUGCCAACCAGAAGCCCGCCCCAAUUGUACUCUACGAUUACUACGAUACCAAUAAGAAGGCCACCGAUUAUUAUCAAAUUGAGUCAAAGCUCUGCGACAUCUGUGAAGGAGAAGAUUGUACAGCCAAAUGUUAAGAGCCAUCAUUUAUUAAAUAGACCCCAAUGAUAUCAUAAAUUGAAUAUCAAUAAAGAAAUCAACUGUUGUGAUUAUAAUGUA